UUCUCCCUGGUUAUAUCUCGGACAUGGAAUUUUUUUUUCUCUCCCAAUAAAGAGGGGAGUUAUCAUUUUUUUUUCAACACAAGUGAUACUUACUGUGCAACAUCGUGAAUUGAAUUUAUUAGUAAGCACGCGAUUUUAGAACUUUGUCACUUCUGAGAAUCCUCUCAUAGAACAAACAUCACAUUUUUCUCGUGGUUCUCUUCCGCAAAAACUGAUUAUUUGUGCAUUUUCUGUAUUAUUUUUUGUGCCGGUAGCUGUGAUGUGAUUUCCGCCUUCAUCAACUCUGACCCCAAGUGGUGUGUUGCUCAAAAUUUAAAUAUUUAAUGACUCUCACUGUAACAGAAUAUUGUGUUUUGGAUUUGGCAACGACAAUCGUGAAAAAGACACUUUGUUUGCCUGUGGAUUAGCGAUAAAGAACAUUCUAUCCCAGUUUUAUUACAGACUCAUGAGUCUUUCGCAUUAAUCGGUGGUGCUUGGGGUGUUUCUAGCUGAAUCUUCUGAAGUGCCAUGAGUUAUCAGAAGAAGUUCAGCUGAAGACAAUCUGUGUGGUGAUAUCCAUGUGUAAAAAAAUCAUAGAGAGGAAAUGAGCGACUGCUUGAGUUAGUGAAAGACCUAUCGUGAUUCACCUUGACUUUGUGCAUCUCGUGCGCAUGUAAAGUGCCGCGAAAUAGAUUUUACUCUCGCAGUGAAAGCCACGUGAGCUGGGACAAAAAUAGAAGCAAGUGAGAGUGAGCUGAAAGAGAUGCCCGAUGUUGAUAGAAUGCUUGAGAAGUGUGGUGACUUUGGUCGCUAUCAGUUCUUCCUCCUAUCCCUCUUUGCCGUGGUGAAUGUCCUCACAUCUUGGCACUACUACUCCCAGACCAUUAUCAGUGUUGUUCCCGAUCACUGGUGCUCCACAGAAGCCACUCAGAAUCUCUCAAUUGGCGAACUGAGACAGGUCUUCUCCACCUAUGAUGAUCCUUUCUGCUCCCGCAUGGCCAAUGAGGAAUUCUUUCCUAACAUCUGGAUGGAAUCUUCCUCUCAAAGGCACAGUAAUUGUGACCAGUGGAUCUAUGAUCUCGACUUUGGCUACCAGAGCAUGACGAGUGAUCUCAACUGGGUAUGUGAAUCAGCAUGGAAAUCCACUAUAGGGCAAUCGAUGUACUUCAUUGGAUCUGUGGUAGGGACCUUAAGUUUUGGGAUCCUGGCCGACAAAAUUGGCAGACUACCAAUUUUAGUUUUGUCCAAUUGUGCAGCCCUUCUUGGAAAUGGAGCUACGAUAUUCUCGACAUCUGUGCCAUCAUUCUGUAUUUGUCGCUUCAUCUCUGGCCUGGCCACGGAUAGUAACUUCGUGAUGAUGUACAUUCUGGUGAUGGAGUAUAUUCGGCCAUCGAUGAGGACUUUUGGGCUGAACAUCUGCAUCGGAAUCUUCUACUGCUUGGGAUCCAUCGUGACUCCAUGGAUUGCUGUAGCUGUGGGCAAUUGGAAAGUCUUCCUCAUGGUCACAUCCUUGCCAAUAGCCAUCAUUCCUGGUUUCUAUUUUAUUUUGCCUGAGAGCGUGCAUUGGCUAAUCUCGAAAGGAGAUGUUGAAGGAGCGAUUAAUUGCUUCCGGAGGGUAGCUAUUUUUAACAGAAGGAAUCUCGAUGAACAGACUAUCAGGGAGUUCAGGAUUAAAUAUGCCAAUCAAUCAAAUGGCUGUGAGAAGAAAUCCCAGGCAAAUCUGUUUGAUCUGUUCAAGACACCUCGGCUCAGAAGGAACACCUUCAUUCUCUUCUUUAAAUCAAUGGUUAUAACCCUCUGCUAUGACUGCAUAUCGCGAAAUGUUGAGGGUUUGGGCUUGUCUCCCUUUAUCCUGUUUUCCCUAAGUGCAACUGCCAUCUUUCCAGCAUGCCUCGUCCUCUGGGCACUACAGGACAAAAUAGGACGAAAAGCAAUGGCUUCCAGUUCCCUCUUGAUCAGUGGCAUCUUUACUACCUGCACAGGAAUCGUCCUGGCUUAUCAAAAAGGUGCUGCCACAAUGUCCACGUCUCUCCUCGCCACUUUGGCUGUAAUUGGAAGAUUUGGAGUCACCGUAGCAUACAAUUCCAGUGCUCAGUAUGCAACAGAAUUGAUCCCUACAAGUGUCAGGGCACAAGGAGUUAGUGCAGUUCAUGUGGCGGGAUAUGCAGUUACGUUUUUCAGUACAUUUAUCCUCUAUUUGGCCCAUUACUUCAAGCCCCUUCCAGCUCUAAUUCUUGGAGGAUUAUCUCUGGCAGGAGCUGUUUUGUGUCUCUUUCUUCCAGAGACUCUCAACAGAACAAUUCCCUCCACAAUUGAAGAGGGCGAAAGAUUUGGGAUUGGUGAAAAAUUCCUGCACUUUUCCUGCUUCGAAAAAUCAACCUCAGACAAUACCAGCACAGUUACCACACUGGACACUUAGAAAGAUUAGAAAACUAGAAUUUGAAUAGAAUAAAGUUAUUUUAAAAAUCUUUUAAA